AUGAAGUGGUCAUUGAUUAUACGGUUCACGAAUACCGUUUCAUCCAAAGAUCAAGUUAAGGAUUUGGACAUUCCUAUUAGUGUUAAUUUCAGUAAAGAUGAUAUUAAUAAAUUAAUCAAUAUCAGUUGGAUUAAGAAUAUUAUUCGAUCUAGAAUUAAACAAUGUAAGAGUAAUCGAUUAAGAUUAAUUUAUAAUGGGAGAGUAUUGAAUGAACGUACCAACUUCAAAUCAGAAAUAUUCGAACCACGAUUAAGAUAUAUUGAACAACAACAAGAAGAAGAACAAACAUCAGGUCAACUUCAAUCAGAACCACCAUCAAAUGAUGGGGAAAAGAUUUAUAUUCAUUGUGUUAUUGGAGAAGAAUUGACAAGUGAACAAUUGAUAGAAGAGAAUCAAUUAGACAAUAAACCUCAAGAAAUCAGUACUACUCCUCAAGUGAUUGGGUUUGAUCGAUUAUUACAACAAGGGUUUAGUCAAGAUGAUAUUAAUGAUUUAAGACGACAAUUUUAUCUGAUUUAUAGUCCAUCAAUGUUACAGCUGAAUGCAAAUCGGGAGAUUAAUGAUUUAGAAGAAGAAGAACAAAGAACUAGAGAUAUUCGACAAUUAGAAGAACGAUGGAUUGAAUCAACGGUGAAUGGGAAUGGUACGACGGCGACUCCCACCACAACUAAUAGUUCUGCUAAUGUACCAGGUUCAGGAGGAAAUAGUGCUGGUGUAAAUACUGUGAAUCCUGAUGAUAGAAUGACAGGGGCAGCCCAAGCUCCAGCUCCAUCUCAAGAUUUAGAUGAUGUCCAAGGUAAUGAAGAUUUAUUACUUGGAUUAUUAUUGGGGACAUUCUUAGGGGUUGUAAGUGUUAUAUUCUUAGCUGCUGAUGAUACUGUGUUUAAUAAACGAGUUAAAACAUCAAUGAUUGUGGGAGUGUUUAUUAAUUUUUCAUUUGCAAUAGUUAGAGGUCAAUGGAUUUAA